AUGAGAAAUUUGAGAUUCUCCUCCAAACUUUUGCUUCCAGCAGCCACAGUCAUUAUAUGCACUCUAACUCUCCCUUACGCCGCUCUUGGAUACAAAGGUGACACUAAAUGAGUAGACUGAGUACGAAUUUUUAUAUUUAUUUUUGGAUUGCUAAGUGGAGCAUUAUAUACAAUAUACACAGCAGUUUUAAAGCUAAAACACUUUAAAAUCCCAUCUAUUCUGUCCUUUAUUGUAACUGGGAUUUUAAGUCUUUUUUAUAUUAUCUUUGACUCAGCAAAAUCAUCUUUAAAGCUAUGCAGUUGGCGUGAUGAGUACUGUAUGCAAUCUUUAUCUUCAACAUGCAAAAAUGCAGAUACCAAAGAUCUAUAUGCCUCCUUUCUUUAUAUUACAGGGCUAUUCCUCUCCUUAACAAUAAAUGUAUUUUAUAUUCAGACAAUUGCUGUGUCUAAUUUUUUCAGGCAAAGACAAAAACUUUCAUCUGUAGCAUGUGAAAGGGUUAAUGAAACACAAGAGGACUCCACAACUUCAAUAGCUGAACAGAAAACUAUAAAAAAGUUUUUUGCGGGUAAUAAUCAAGAAACUCUUACAAUAAAUGACACAAUAGUAUUGGAUAACUCUGUAAAUGCUGCUGAUGAUAAAAAGGUAUAUGAAAAUGUCAAUGCACAACAUCGCACAGCUAAGCUGAGCUUCAAGAAAAUAGCGUUCGAUAAAGGCCUCAAAAUAAAAUCAGCAAAUAUUGUGAUUGGUGUGUAA